AUGCCUCCUCCUAUGCCACCUAUAGGACCAGCAUUUAUGCCUCCUCCUCCUGGAGUGAUUCCUCCUCCGGGAGUGCCUCCGCCUCCAUUCAUGAUCGCUCCUCCGAUCCCUGGCAAAGAAGCCAAAAGAAUUAAAUUCAAUGACGAGGAGAGCGAUGAAAAUGAGCUUUUCGCGAAGCUGCUCUAUAAAAAGUUGAGAUCGAUUACCAGCAGAAAGCGGUUGGAAAUUCUACACGUUUCUAUCAUGGAAAUGGUCAGACAGGCACAAGAAGAGGACGAAAGAGAGAGAAAUGCUAGUGGGAUGGAUCCAAAUGCUCCACAAAUGGUUUAG